AUGCCACCAACACCAACAAACCACACGAUCUUCGACACAUGGAACUCCGCCUCAACAGGCCACCAGCGCGCCGAGAACCCCUACUCGAACACCACCAGCUGGCGCGAAACCCGGCAAGCAAAGCUUGCGAUUCAGUUUGCCUCGUCGUCGGGAGACUGCGCGGGCGACACGGGCCCUCCCACUACCCAAACCAACAGCGAAAGUAGAACUGGACGGGAGGAAGGCGAAUGGAAAUGGCUCUCGGCUGCAGAGGCUACCCGCAACCAGCUCGGAUGCAGGGAUAUCCGGACGAUGAUGGGGGGGAGCAAGAAGCGUGCUUCUACCUCUGCCUCUACGAUCGAUGAAGAUGACGCAGGUAAAUGCAAGAAAGCGAAGACGGAGACGGAGAAGGAGACGGAGAGGGAAAUACUCUGUCAAACAUCCCCCGAACUCGCAACCAAACCAGAGAAUAAACCCCAAGUCGAAGACAAAGACAAAGACAAAGACGGGGGGAGGAAGAUCCUCAAAGGAACAAGCAUCUACAUCAACGGCUCCACAAUGCCCCAUAUCUCAGACCACAGACUCAAAUCUUUACUCGUCUCGCACGGCGCGGAGAUCGCCAUCUCCCUGUCCAGGAAGACCGUCACGCAUGUUAUCAUCGGCAAGCCGAAUGGUGGGCCUGCUGGUCAUUCCGGAGCGGGGGGAGGACUCGCGGCGGGGAAGUUGCAGAGGGAGAUUUCUAGGGGUGGGUGGAGGGGGGUUAAGGUUGUUGGUGUUGAGUGGGCGCUGGAGAGUAUCAAGGCGGGGAAGAGGCUUUCGGAGGGGCCGUUUGCGAUGGAUUUGGCGCCUGGUGGGCAGAGGAGUGUGAUGGGGAUGUUUCGACGGUGA